GACGAUACAAAAGGCCUGCUUUGUGAAUGUUAUUUGGAUUGUUUAAAACGAGGAAUAAAUCUGUCAUCGCUUUGAACGAAUUGGCCAGGGAAGGAUGAACGCCAGGUCAUUCAUGGGAAAUACAGUUCACAGAGGAUUUUCUCGGAAUCGCUAUUGCGUUAUUUUCCUUUUCAUCAGCCUACAUUUCACGUAUGGAGAUGUGAGCUACUCAGUUGCUGAGGAGAUGAAACGCGGGUCUGUAAUUGGAAAUAUAGCCAAAGAUCUGGGCAUCGGGAUUGCCACACUUUCCUCGCGUAAAGCUCGCAUUGACACGGACAGGAAUGACAAGCGGUAUUGUGAUAUUAAUCUGAGCACUGGAGAUUUGAUUGUUACUGACAGGAUCGACAGGGAAGGUCUUUGUGGUAAGAAGGCGACGUGCGUUAUAAAAGAGGAGCUUGUUUUGGAAAACCCUUUAGAGCUUCAUCGUAUCAGUGUUCAUGUGCAAGAUAUAAACGACAACGCUCCACAGUUUAGCGAGGACAUGAUUUCAUUUGAAAUAACAGAAUCAGCAGCCAAAGGAGCUAGAUUCUUACUCACUGAAGCCCACGAUUUAGAUAUCGGUACAAAUACUGUACAGCGAUAUAAUUUACAAAAUAAUGAUCAUUUCACAAUUAAUAUUAAUACAGAGGGAAGUGGGCGGAAACACUCUGAAUUGGUUUUGGUAAAAGAAUUAGACCGAGAGCAAGAAAAGGAACUGAAAUUUGUUCUUACAGCUGUAGAUGGCGGCUCCCCUCAGAGAUCAGGUACAGCAAUAAUUCACGUCACUGUACUGGAUGCUAAUGAUAACGCCCCAGUUUUUAGCCAGGUGGUUUAUAAAGCCAGUCUGCCUGAGAACUCUCCUGUAGAUACUGUAGUGGUCACAGUGAGUGCUACUGAUGCAGACGAGGGACCCAAUGGGGAUAUUACGUACAAUUUUGAUCAUGCAACUGAUGAACAAGUUUGUUUGUUCUCACUUGAUCAAAAGACAGGAGAGAUUAAAGUCAAAGGUUCUAUCGAUUAUGAAACUCAGACUUCCAUUGAAUUGCGAAUAAGAGCAAAAGACGGACCAGGUCUCACCUCUUAUUGUACAGUAACUAUAGAUAUAACAGAUGUCAAUGACAAUGCACCUGCUAUUAGUUUGAAAGCACUGACUAACCCCAUACCUGAGAACGUGUCACCUGGUACAGAGGUGGGCAUCAUUAACGUGAGGACAGACUCUGAGAUAACAGAAGGCCCUCUGCUCCAUUCAGCAAACGACUCCCUUUAA